GCUCCCACUUUCGCCUGGGUUCUCCCGCAGAUUGGCCCCCUGCGCUGGCCCUCUGCGCUGCCAUGGAUCUCACUGCUAUCUACGAGAGCCUCCUGUCGCUGAGUCCUGACCUGACAUCCGACCAUGGAGAUACAGAGUCCAGCCCUGGCUGGACUUCCUCAGGACUCUGGAGCCUAGGCUCACCCGACUCCAGACCUGUUGGGGUCACUACCCGCCUGCCUAGCCGGUCCACCAGCCUGGUGGAAGGUCGAAGCUGCGGUUGGGUGCCUCCACCCCCAGGAUUCGCACCCCUGGCUCCCCGCCUAGGCACUGAACUGUCGGCCUCACCUACUGCAACCCCCACCACCUCAUCCCGAUACAAGACCGAGCUAUGUCGGACCUUCUCAGAGAGUGGGCGCUGCCGCUAUGGGGCUAAGUGCCAGUUUGCCCACGGCCAGGGUGAGCUGCGCCAGGCCAGUCGCCACCCCAAGUACAAGACAGAACUCUGCCACAAGUUCUACCUCCAGGGCCGCUGCCCCUACGGCUCACGUUGCCACUUCAUCCACAACCCCAAUGAGGACCUGGCCUCCCCUGGCCACCCCCAUGUGCUACGUCAGAGCAUCAGCUUCUCAGGCCUGCCCUCCGGCCGCAGAUCCUCACCACCACCAGCAGGCCUGCCAGGCCCUUCCCUGUCCUUCUCUCCCUCCAGCUCCCCACCACCACCACCUGGGGACCUUCCACUUUCACCCUCUGCCUUCUCUGCUGCCCCUGGGACCCCUGUGGCCCGAAGGGACCCCACACCAGCCUGUUGCCCCUCCUGCCGAAGGGCCACCCCCAGCAGUGUUUGGGGACCUGGGGGUGUCCUGGCUCGGAGCCCCUCUGCACACUCCCUGGGAUCUGAUCCUGAUGAUUAUGCCAGCAGCGGCAGCAGCCUGGGAGGGUCUGACUCUCCUGUCUUCGAGGCUGGGGUUUUUGGGCCACCCCAGCCACCCGUAGCCCCUCGGCGACUCCCCAUUUUCAAUCGUAUCUCAGUGUCUGAGUGACAAGUGCCUGCCCAGUACAGAUCAGCUGGAUCUCAUGGUGGGGCCAUUUCUCUUGUGCUGUGGGCAACUGGGGAGCUCUUAAUCAAGUAGCCCCACUGCCUUCCAAGAUGCAUUAACCCACUCCCCUGACCCCAUGCUGGGGCAGGUCCCCAGUGUGCAAGCUCAGUGUUUCUGGUGUUGGAGGAAGGAGUGUAUUAUGGAGUCUUUUUUUUUUUAAAGAUGUAGCAAAUUUGAGGGUGGCAGUGAGCCCUCUCCACCCCACCUCUCACCUUCCCGAUGCUGUGAAUAAUAGGCCCCUACUUCCCCCUCCUGAUUUUUCCUAGACCCCUGAGGUCCAGUGUGACUUGGUGACUGGAGCCUCUCUUGAGGGUCAGUCCUGGUGCUCAAAUUUCCCUCCAAAAGCAAGUAGUCAAAAGUCAUUGUCAACCUCCUCCCCCCAGCCAUUGGGUCCUUUAUUUAUGACGACUUUAUUUAUUCUAAUAGAUUUUAUAGUAUUUAUAUAUAUUGAGUCGUCUGCUUCCCUUGUAUUUUUCUUCUUUU